AUGGCCGUGAACUUUACUCAAAUCCCGACCAUUGACUUGGCCCACGCGCAGUCUCCGGUUACGAAAGCCUCGUUCUUGUCAGACCUCAGAGAUGCGAUUGUAAAGGUCGGAUUCUUCUACGUGAAGAAUCAUGGCGUGCCAAACAAUGUCGAGCGGAACUUCGUAGAGCAAUCGGUCAAAUUCUUCGAUCUGCCCUUGGAGGACCGCCUGGAAGUUGAGAUGCUGCAUAGCAAGCAUUUCCUUGGUUAUGUUCGCGAGCAAAACGAGAAAACAGCACAGCGGACUGACUUUCGCGAGACAUUCAAUCUUGGGAUGGACCUGGCCGCUCCAGGAGAAGAAGAGCCCGCCUAUCGCAAUAUGAGCGGUCCCAAUCUGUGGCCCAACGAGACUGCCAUUCCGGGAUUCCGGGCAGCAAUGGAGGAUUAUGUGAAGCACAUCCAGACGUUGGGUGACGACUUCAAAGUCCUGGUAGCCGAAGCGUUGGACUUAGAGCCAACAGCCUUUCUCCGCUUUUUCGACGAACAACCGCAAGAUAGGCUGAAGCUCGCCAAGUACCCUGUUCCAUCCUCUAUUGCCGACAGUGAGCCAUCAGGCUCCUUUCAGGGAAUCGGACCGCACAAGGACAGCAGCUUCCUAACCUUCCUUCUACAGGGAACGCCACACCGUGGCCUUGAAGUUCAGAAUAAAUCAGGGGAAUGGAUCCCUGCUCCCCCGAUUCCUGGAACAUUGGUCGUGAACAUCGGUCGCAUGUUUGAGGCACUGACCGGGGGUGUUGUGACAGCCACCACGCAUCGAGUCAGUCUGGAAGAGAAGAAUUUCGUGGAUCGCGAUGGCCGACCUUUGGGUCCUCGGUUCUCGUUUCCCAUGUUUCAGCUUCUGGCCCUAGACCUGAGGCGAGACCAGAUGACUUUAGAUAUGCCCCCCCACAUAGUAAAGCUGGCCAAGGAGAUCAAGGUCAUGUCGGAUGCAGAGAAGUUCUUUGAGGAAAUGUUCCGGGAUUGUGCUGGUAGCGGGCUUUUCAUGGCGCGUGUCAUCAAGCACGAAGACGUGGCGCGCAAGUGGUAUCCAGAUGUGUUAGAUAAUGUCCUGAAGGCGCAAAAGGCGGAGCUUGGUCACUAA